AUGGCGGAUGUGGUCUCGUCCACCUCGUCGACCACCUCUUCGACCACUUCAUCGACGCAAGGUACCACCCGUGCUGUGACGGGUGUUAUAACGACCCGUACUGGGACGGCAUUUAUUUCGACACCCUCAUUUCCACUGAUAUCUCCUGCAUCCGACUCUUCGCCAUCCUCAGCCCUUGCCUCAACUACUUCGGACGCAUCAUCCUCGACCUCAGACCAGUCUCACAGCAACACCGGUGCCAUCGUCGGCGGAGUCGUAGGCGGCGUUGCCGUAAUCGCACUCGCAGCAUGCAUCAUCGUCUGGCUCAUUGUGCGUCGAAGAAGGGGAGCCCGCACCAACGAGCCACCUGCUCCAACGAACGCGCCCGAAACCAGCCAGCCUCCGAUCCAGCCAUACGCCGCAUCUCCGGCCCAGCAACCUACAAGUCCCGAUGGCCAAGCCAAGGGCUGGAACCAACAAAACGCCCAGCAGCGGCCCGUCUCGAUGUCUCCUGUCCCACAGUACACCCCAGUGUCGCACUUCAGUGGUGUGAGCGGGGAAGGCGCGCGGCAUGAGGCCUCGGCUGUGAACGCGAGAGGGACAGGAAAUAACGCGGCUGAGUUGGGUUGA